AUGGACAAACACUCCCGAACCCCCUCCAUCGCGAAAUUGUCCCUACAAGACCAGCAGCCCGACGACGAAGACGCAGAAGACCUCUUCGCUAGCCCCGAAAGCGGCGCAACAACCUCCAAACAUACCCCGACCUCCCAACCCUCUACGUCCGGGCAGAAACCCCCCCACGGCGACUCUCGCGCCCGCCAACAACAGCACGAAGAACACGAAGCCCGCCUUCGCGCUGAACUCGCGCGUGUCCGAGAAGUCAACACCGUGAUUGAAAAUGUCACAGCCUCCCUGCAUAAAGCGCAGAGUAACAUGUCUACUGUCCACAGCACCGUGCAGCACGCUUCUACCCUCUUGGCGACAUGGACGCGGAUACUGAGCCAGACGGAGCAUAACCAGCGACUUAUCCUGAAUCCGGCUUGGGGAGGCGCGAGCAAGGAUCUGGAGGAGAUGGAGGAGGAUGAGGCGAGGAGGCGGCAGGAGCAGGAGCGGAGAGCUGCGGAGGAGGAGAGGCGGAGGGAGGAGGCUGUGAGGAGGGCGGAGGAGGAGGAGAGGAGGAGGGCUGCUAGUGUGGCUACGGGGGCGAGUGGGAAAGUGGCUGGAAGGGGGAGAGGGAUGAGGGGGGCUUCGAGUGGGUAUGGGAGGGUUGCUGGGCAGGCGGGGAGAGGGAGGGGGGCAACGGGGACGAGCUCGUCGACGAGGGGUGGGAGUGGGAUUGCGAGGAGUGGGUCGACGAGAGGGAGGGGAAGGGGUUUGGGGUGA